AAAAGUUUUAUAAUUAACACGGAAAUUGGAUUUUGUGUUUAAAGUUUUAGGAAUUGGACAUCAUCUUUUGUUUUCUCUUUUUUUUUAAUGUCAGAAUAUACAACUUCUAUCAAAUCACCAUAAUUUAUGUAAAUCAAUUCAUGCAAUACACAUAUUAGCAAAAAUAGAAUGAAUCAUUCAUAUAAUCAUAGUGAUUUAUUAACUAUAUCAUCUAUAACUAUAAAUAAUGAUAGUCGAAUUGAUUCAGAAACGCAUACAAUUACACAAAUUUGUUUUUCAUUAGCAUUUUGUUCUACAUUAAUCCAUUUAAUAUUUAUAUUAUAUUUUAAACGUAUAAGAAAACUUUAUGGUUUCUGUAUCAUGAUACAUUGUUUAUUUUAUUCAAUUUCAUAUUUAAUGACUUUAAUUACAUGUUCACUAAGUAAAAAAACUAAUCUUAUUCAUAUUAUUUUUGGAUAUUUAGCCGAUUAUUGUAUCUUGACAACUAUAAUCAUGAAUUUAAAAUCAUCAUUAAUGAUUGUUUAUUUAUUAUGGAAUAGACGAGAAAAUAUGACUUGUUACCAUGGAAACUAUCAAUUAUGUAAUUCUAGUAAUGUAUGUUUAAAUCAUAUAAAAAAAUUAUGUUAUAUAAUGGGACAUAUAAUGGUUAUCAUUUUACCUAUAUUAUGUAUUGUAAUUAGUAUAUUUUUAUUUGAAACCAAUAAUUAUAUCAGUGAAGAUCAUAAAGAAUUUGCUGUUAUAUCAUGUAAUUUAACACCAAAUUAUGGACAUUUUUAUAUUUUCUUUCCAAUAUUAUUUAUAUUAUUAUUAUUACAAUUUUCUUGUAUUUUAAUUAUAAUUAAAUUACUUAUUGGUCAACAACAAAAUACUAAUCAUUAUCAUGAUAAUAUUACAACAUUAUGGAAAACAACAAAUAUAAGUGCACGUUUUUGGAUUACAUUAAAAUUUACAAUUACACAUAGUUUGAUAUGGUUGAUUGCAUUUUUAGCAUUAAUACAAGCAUCUACUUCUAUUUGGCAUGUAUUCACAUUAUUAUAUAGUUUACAAGCUAUUUAUAUCACUGUAAAUUGUACAUUUACACGUCCUGUAUUAGAUUUAAUUUAUCAAUGGCGUGAAGAAAAAAUUGAUUAUUAUAAAAAUGAACAUCAUCUAUUAUUGAUUAAUCAUAUAUUAAAUACUAAUCAACAAAAUGAUACAAAACAAGAUCGAAUCAAUAAUAUAUUGAUUAAUUAUUAAGUAAAAUUCUAUAUAAACAUUGUUUAUAAGCGGCCUGUUUGAGCAUCUGAACUACCUGUUCCUGCCAUCUAGAUAUUUCAACAAGUUAUCUAUUUUUGUUUGUUUUAAUAUAUCAUAAUGUCUAUUGAUCGCAUAACCUAUCCUGGUGGAUUUCUGAAAAGUGAACAACUUUUCAUUGUCAAAAUUACAAAAAGCCCAAUAAGAGACAAUGCGGUUGCUGGUAAUAUACAGCAAAAAGAAUAUACAUUUACUGGACUGCUAACAUCUAACUGGCGAUCACUCAAUAUUUAUCAUCAGGAUCGACCAAGAAGUAAGAAACAGAAACUUGUUGAAAUACUUUGUGCUGAGAAUUCUAUAUUGUACCAAAAAUAUAAUAUUGAAUGAAGCCUAUAAUAAUAUUAAUCAUAUAUUUGUACAUGUUAAUAUACAGUUGUAUACAUAAAAUAAUAUUCAUUAUAUCAAUUCAUAUGUACAGUUAAUGAAGAUCUUGUAUUUCUUUUUAUUAUCAUUUGGCUCUUGUUAUGUGUAUGAAUUAAUGGAAGUAUUAAAUUUUCUUUUACCUUAAUUAUAAGUAGUAUGUUAAGAAGUUUUAUUAAUUUAUUUGUGAUGAUAGAAGUUUACAACAAACGAUUAAAUGUAAAAUGUAUUUGUAAAAUCUCAGUAAAAGAAUAUGAAAUCAA